UAUUUUUACAUUAAAAAGAGUCCAUAUUGAAUAGGCAUCCCUAAGUUAUGCCAGAAAUGUUAGCCUAUUUGAAUACAGGCUAUUAACGCCAUACCACUCAAAGGACAACAAAGCCCAUAAAGCACUGCGGGCGCCGUCUCCACGCUUGUCACUUGACAGCUACAACAAGCGUCGCGGUUGUGUGUACGUUUCCAUGGGGAGAAGUCACGCACACACGCGCGCGCGCACCUUGUAAGAGCUCUACGUUCGUUUUAUCUGAAGCUAUCAGCAGGACAGCAGCCAAGGAAGGGACUAACGACCCUACGUGGUGAGUUUAAAAUUCAACUACAUGACUGAGAUCCCUACCUUUUUACAUGGAUCAGUUACUGCAAAAUGAGCUUUAAACUCCAAGGAUUGGUUGACAAAGACAAACACUGGCCAAACUACGAUCUUUUCUUUUGGGAAAAAAGAAGUGAAUUCUGGCUGGGGAAACAAAGACUGAACAACACUUGAAGGAAGAAGAAGGAUAUUUGAUUGAUGAAUCGGCUGUGUUUUUCUACAGCCCAUCUCACACAAUAAUAAAGUUAGCUGAUAAAGAGGCUGAUGAAACUGUUUUGAGAAAUGAUGAAUCGCUACACCACCCUGAAGCAGCUGGGUGAUGGCACCUAUGGCAGUGUGAUGAUGGGAAGAAGCAAUGAGUCUGGAGAGCUUGUAGCCAUCAAAAGAAUGAAGAGGAAGUUUUAUUCAUGGGAGGAAUGUAUGAACCUAAGAGAAGUAAAGUCACUGAAGAAGCUGAACCAUGCGAACGUGGUGAAACUAAAAGAGGUUAUUAGAGAGAAUGACCAUCUCUACUUUGUCUUUGAGUACAUGAAGGAGAACCUGUACCAGCUUAUGAAGGACAGAAAAAAAUUGUUCCCUGAGUCAGUGAUAAGAAACAUAAGCUUUCAGAUUUUGCAAGGCCUGUCGUUUAUUCACAAACAUGGUUUCUUCCAUCGAGACAUGAAGCCAGAGAAUUUGUUGUGCAUGGGUCCAGAACUGGUCAAAAUAGCAGAUUUUGGACUGGCCAGAGAGAUCCGCUCCAAACCUCCCUACACAGACUAUGUAUCAACGAGAUGGUACCGAGCUCCGGAGGUCCUGCUCAGGUCAUCUACCUACAGCUCUCCCAUUGACUUGUGGGCUGUGGGCUGCAUCAUGGCUGAACUGUACACACUCAGACCCCUUUUCCCUGGGAACAGUGAAGUAGACGAGAUAUUUAAGAUCUGCCAAGUCCUGGGCACCGUCAAAAAGACCGACUGGCCAGAAGGUCACCAGCUAGCAACUGCCAUGAACUUUCGAUUUCCUCAAUGUGUUCCGACCCACCUGAAGACCCUUAUUCCAAAUGCCAGCAAUGAGGCUAUUACCCUGAUGAAGGACCUGCUGCACUGGGACCCCAAAAAAAGGCCCACUGCUGCACAGGCCUUGCGUUAUCCUUACUUCCAGGUGGGUCAGGUCUUGGGGCCACGCCCUCAGAGCCAGGAGGUCAAGAAAGUCCAGAACAGGCCGCUUGCUCAAAAACAGGCCUCUGAGUACAAAGUUGAACUGCAGCAGUCUUCCUCUGAGUCUAAAGCCUCCACAACCUCCUCCAGAAACCAUCAACAGCCUCUGCAGCAGAUCCCCUUACCCCAGGCUGAGAGUAAACCUGGAGGCCUCAGCCAUGCAAAGGCGCUGGGCAGUGAGAACAAUGCUGGUGGCGUCGGGACGGGGGCGCUGAAGAGCGGUCGCCGUCGCUGGGGCCAGACAGUGGCCAAGACCUCAGACAGCUGGGAGGAAUCUGAUCGUUCAGAAACAUCCGCCUCCAACUCCAAGAAACCCAGCCUGGUGAAUACAGAGGAGGAGAAGAGCCCCAAGGACCAAUGUCCACAACACCAGGAGCAGAAACCUCUAUACUCCUUCAGCACCGUUACCAAGCUACCAAACAAUGUAAAGACUGGCCAAAUGGACUCUAAUCUCCCAGGAUCUGCGGCCCGCCAACACUAUCUCAGCCAGUCUAGAUACUUGCCUGGCUUGAUCGGCAAGAAUCAGACCUCCUCUGGAGAAAAGGAGCUGACUGGCAUGACACUGCGGGACCUGUGGGAGAACUCCUCAAACACUGUAAAUAAACCACUUGGUCCUAUUGGGGGAGGAUUAUCUGUCACCAGAGCCAAUGCAGAAGACACUGCUGCAAAGUGUUUGGAUAGCCCACCAGACAAAACUGUGGUCAAAGAAAGAAUACUGGAGAAAAUUGACCUCUCCAAAGGGAACUUUGUGAGCACCAAGUACAACCUCUCUGGUGGUUACAUCUCUUCAUUUCAAAAGAAAGAGGUUGGCUCAGUGGGACAGAGAAUCCAGCUUGCCCCCUUGGCUGGCCAGCAUGCAAUAAAUCUUUCUUCUUCUCCUGAUAAUAAAAAAGACAACCCAAAAUCUGCAAAACUCAAGCCUAUAUCCAACUCAUCAUUAAAAGAAACUGGUGAAGAAUAUGACGCCUGGAAGAAGAGGACAGACGGCACUCAGAUGAAGGGCGGCAGCUAUUCAGCAUUGGGAAAAAACUCUGGAAACCUCCUGACCAGAGCUCCUGCAGUGCAGCCCGUCCAUGGGAGGGUCGACUGGACAUCCAAAUAUGGCGGAAACCGGUAGUUUGGGGGAGCACAUGCUACAACUACUACCGCUUGUUAGUCUUUGGCUGAGAAAUUGAAUCCUGAGCAGGCUGCUUAACCAUGCUUACGCUCAGAUAUCAAGGGCGAGCACGUCCCACGUUCUUUGUUAUGUUUAUACAAGUAGGACCAAACUGUAUGUGCAUUGAAUCUCUGUGUUCUGGAGAUGAUGGUUGCCAUGAUGCUUAACCAGGACCGGUAUUGUCCUCAAGACAAUCCCACUGCAUCCUUCAGAUACAGUGGGAGCCAAUUUCAUUGUUAUUGCUUGGAUUUUUUCUUUUUUUCUUUUUUUUUUAAGUAGGACUCCAGCACAGCAUUUCAACUUUUUUUUUUUUAACUUUAGAUUUUUAAAAAAAUUCAUUUUCUCUAGUUUCAUAUAACAAAAUGUCUUUAAUGAAUGGUUCCUGUAAUGUUAUAUCCUCUCUGCUAUUAUUCAGCAUGUAGUAGGUAGGUGACACAAAAAAUCUUGAGUGUCAUAAAAAUAC